UGCACUUGCUAAACUGAAGCUAUACGGUUUACUUCUAUUGGGAAUAGCACAUUACUAAAUGUUAAUCCAUUCGUAAGAUUGAAACACUUCAAUUAGUGGUUUCGCAUUUUCUCAUUCUUUUUGAGGUUGUGAGAGAUCAUGUCAAGGUAGAGGUAACGUUAGACUGCAUUCCGUAGGUUGGUUAACACCAAGAGCACCCCCCCACUAGUCCAAAUGAAAAGAAGCGGCGCGUACAGGUUCUUGUCGGUAUUCUCUUGCUUUUUUGUUUUCGCCUUCUUGUUUUUGUUUUGGUAUUUUGUGGUUUAUUCAAUGGUGCACGCUCCUUGAAAUGCAUACUACACGUCAGAUAAGCUAAUGUUGUUAGCCACAACUUGGCUGUCAUCCAGACUUCCCAGACUGCACUGCUUUAUUUAUACGACGCUCCGGUCACAUGUUCUCAACAAGGAAGUGAUACUUUUGUUUGGUUAAAUUAGCCUAUUAGUACAUUUUCAAUGGCGUCCAGCUCUGGUGAAGCCGGGUCUUCUCCAGUGGAUGCAAAGUUGCAGUUUGCUCCCUUCUGCAGCGCUUUGGAGGCAGGCUUCUGGCACCAACUCACUCAGAAAAAACUAAAUGACUACCGGCUGGAUGAAAGCCCGAAAUGUAUCAAAGGCUACUACUAUAAUGGUGACCCAAUCAGCCUGCCUACACGUCUCACUUUAGAGUUCAGUGCAUUUGAUGUGGAUGGAAAAACCCCAGCGCGCUGCUGUCCAGCUGUAGGAACUCUGUACAACACCAACACCCUGGAUGCCUUCAAGACCACUGAUAAGAAAGGUCUGCUGGAGAAACAGGCUCAAGAGAUAUGGGAUGCGAUUCAGUCUGGGGCUGCGAUGAAGGACCCUUCAGUUCUCUGCAAAUUCCUUCUGCUCACCUUUGCUGAUUUGAAGAAAUACCAUUUCUACUAUUGGUUCUGCUUCCCUGCACUCUGUUUCCCCGAGGGGAUAAAGAUUCUGCAGCAGCCCUCUCUUCUGCAAGACGUUUUCUCUGCUAAACAGAUCGAAGCCCUGCAGGGGGCCUACGACGGUCUGUGCAGUCAGAGUGGGACCACCGCGGUGCCCUACUUCCUGGUCAGGUACACAGACGAAGGCGUGCAGGUUGCUCCCCUGGCCGAGUGGGAAACCUUCCUGACCGAUAAGAAGAAGGUUACAGUGGGCGUCUAUGAUCCAUGCACUCUGUCCCAACAUCCGGGGUGGCCUCUGAGGAACCUCUUGAUCCUACUGGCUUACCAAUGGGCUUCUAAGGUGGACAAGGUGGAGGUGCUGUGCUUCAGGGACAGAACACUUCAGGGCAGCCGAUCCAUUCAGCAUAGCAUCAUCUUCCAAGUCCAACUUCCUGAGGUGCCCCACAACUCAGUGUGUCCCAAGAGCGUGGGUUGGGAAAAGAACGCAAAGAACGCCAUGAGUCCCAGGAUGGUGAACCUCAGCGAAUGUAUGGACCCCAAAAGGCUUGCGGAGUCCUCGGUGGACCUCAACUUGAAGCUCAUGCGAUGGAGGCUGGUUCCUUCCCUGGAUCUAGACAAGGUGGUCAGCACCAAGUGUCUGCUGCUCGGGGCUGGGACUCUGGGCUGCAACGUAGCCAGGACUCUCAUGGGAUGGGGUGUACGUCACAUCACAUUUGUCGACAACGCAAAGAUCUCCUACUCCAACCCGGUCAGGCAGCCUUUGUACGAGUUUGAGGACUGCCUUGGAGGGGGCAAAUCCAAAGCAACGGCAGCGGCCGAUCGACUCACCAAAAUCUUCCCAGGAGUGAACACCCAGGGCUACAACAUGAGCAUCCCCAUGCCGGGCCACCCGGUGGACUUCUCUGCCGAGACGCUAGCACAGGCCCAGAAGGACGUGGAGCAGCUGGAGAAGCUGGUUUCCCAGCACGACGUGGUCUUCCUGCUCAUGGACACUAGGGAGAGCCGCUGGCUACCCACCGUGGUGGCCGCCAGCCAGAGGAAGCUGGUGAUGAACGCAGCUCUGGGCUUCGACACCUUUGUUGUCAUGAGACACGGCUUGAAGAACCCCCCAGCCAAUCAGGAUGCGGGAACAGGCGUAGACUCCUCCCCUUCCGCCUCUUCUACUUCCUCUUCCCAGUCCACUCCGGCCGGCGCUGCCCCUGCGGCACAGGGGUCCUCUCUGUUCUCCAACAUUCCCGGACACAGGCUGGGCUGUUACUUUUGCAAUGACGUCGUCGCACCCGGAGAUUCAACAAGGGACCGGACACUGGACCAGCAGUGCACCGUGAGCCGCCCGGGCCUGGCCAUGAUCGCAGGAGCGCUGGCUGUAGAGAUGAUGGUGUCCAUUCUGCAGCACAGUGAAGGAGGCUAUGCGAUAGCAAGCAGCAGUGACGACCGGAUGAAUGAACCUCCUACCUCUUUAGGCCUUGUGCCACAUCAGAUUCGAGGCUUCCUGUCCAGGUUUGACAACGUCCUGCCUGCCAGCCUGGCAUUUGACAAAUGCACUGCCUGUUCACCUAUCGUGCUGGACCAGUACGAGAGGGACGGCUUUCACUUCCUGUCCAAAGUGUUCAACUCCUCCCACUCCUUCCUUGAAGACCUCACGGGACUGACCCUGCUGCACCAGGAGACCCAGGCCGCAGAGAUCUGGGAUAUGAGCGACGACGAGAGCAUCUGAAAGGCGAAGCUGCUCAAAGAACCAUCUUCCAGGAA